AUGGGAUACAAAGACGAUCUCCUUAGAAUAGGGAAGGAUGGGUUUGCAAUAAUAGAAGAACACAUGGAAAAAAAGAAUUGCCAAAUCUGGUCUCCCAAGAAGAAACCUUAUGCUCCACAAAGGCCAACAACAGUUGAAGCAAAACAACCUAGCCUGUAUCAAUAUCGGCCCAAGCAAACUCGCGUUUAUCAGGUAAAACCACUUGCGGAAAACGAAAUCAUGAGGAUGAACAAGUAUGAAGCCGUGGAUUUUCGUGGGGUGUCGAUUAUGGACUAUUCGAAGAGGAGUUCCGACACUAUUUUCUACUAA